AUGGCAUCUCAAAACUUGGUCACCCAUUUAACAGCACUUGUUGUAGAUGACAAUAUACUUAACCGAAAGAUUCAUCAAGAGAUGUUGAAGAGUGCUGGAGUGAAAAAUCAGGGAGUGAAAAAUGGCAAAGAAGCAGUGGACAUUCACUGCCAUGGACAAAGAUUUGACCUAAUUCUCAUGGACAUGGAUAUGCCUAUUAUGAAUGGUAUUGAGGCAACAAAGGAACUUCGUUUAAUGGGCGUUCGUAGCAUGAUUGUUGGUGUCUCGUCACACUCUAGGGAAGCAGAAAUACGAAAAUUUAUGGAAGCCGGGCUGGAUGACUACCAAGAGAAACCCUUAAACCCUGCUAAGUUUAGUUCAAUUCUUAAUAGGAUCAACCCCAAUUUUACUGGUAAGUGA